CAUGACUAUGAAGCUUUCAAAAAGCAGUACAAGCUUGGGCCCGAAUUGGGACGUGGUGGAUUUGGGACUGUGUAUUCCGGCUUUAGGAUUACUGAUGGCUUACCGGUGGCUGUGAAGUUUGUCGCAAUGAAUAAUAUCAAAAAAUGGACGGAGGCUUCAGUGUUCGGUCGGGAAGUUUUGCCCCUGGAAAUAGUCCUUUUGAUGGAGUGUAUGAGUAUCCCUGGAGUUAUACGAAUCUAUGAUUGGUUCGAGCGAAAAGACGGAUUUCUAAUGGUUAUGGAACGACCAACACCGUGCCAAGACCUAUUUGAUUACAUAUCGGAACGCGGUUGGCUCGAUGAAUCUGUUGCACGAAUAUUUUUUAAGCAGGUGGUAGAUACAGCUGCAGCCUGCUCAGAUGUGAACGUUGUGCACCGUGACAUCAAAGAUGAAAAUUUGGUGGUAAAUUUGAAAACUGGCCAACUGAAACUGAUUGAUUUCGGUUCCGGCGCUUACUGCAAGCCACUGGGACAACAUUUUACAGAUUUUGAAGGGACACGCGUCUACAGCCCGCCCGAAUGGAUCCUUCAGUGCAGAUAUGACAGCUGCAAAGCUACGGUCUGGUCGUUAGGUAUCCUACUGUACGAUAUGGUUUGCGGCGAUAUUCCAUUCCACUGUGAUGAGGACAUAAUUCGUCCAGCACCGCUGAUUUGGCGGCGGAAGAUUUCGCAGUCAUGCAAAGACCUGAUUCUGGAGUGUCUGAAACACGAUCCAGAUGAGCGCUGUAGCUUGGAGGAUGUUCUUUACCAUCCGUGGCUUUCUGAAGGCAAUACAUCGCUUCCGCUGCCAGUCAACGAGCUGAAUGCCAGCCGUCACAAAUUGGGAAGUAUACCAGCGAAGCUGGAAAUUCACGUCGAGCAGCAUCCGGUAACGCGUUACGCAAUGCCAAGCACGGGCGCCAGUGAGUCGCAUCUGAAAUAUGCAUUUAUGCAAAAUGGAAAGCAUGGCGCCGACGGAACAGCAGCAGCAGCAGACAUGGACGAUGAAGCCGACGAGGCAUCCCGGUCUGCUGCUUCGGCACUGACCUGCCAGUCCAACUGGGAUCAUUUCCGUGAAUUUCGUCCCUGCGUGAAUGGUAGCAUUUCGGUGUCAUCAAGCUGCUCAAGUACAAGCUCCGGAUACAGCACUCUGUCAUCACCACGAACAGGUUCCCUGAUGUUGGGCAGCUAUUAA